UUUCAUUUUGACGAUAAAAAAUUCCAAGCUAAAAAAAAACAAGAAGAUCAAAAGAUGCCUAGAAGAUAACACUUACAUCCAUUGUCACUUUCUCGUAUUAUUCUAAAGGAAUAUAAUAUGAGGGUUAUGGUUAAACUACGACCAUAUCGAUUCUCUUUUGCUUACUUACGCAAUUGCUCAACUCGCUUCUUUUUGCCUGGAAUGAUGGCUACUUGAACAAAGGGGGAUCUGGGUGGCGUUUGAGUGUGAUAUUCUGAUUCUGUAGAGGUGAGGCGGGGAAGAAGAAGAAGAACUGAAGCAAAAGGAAUCGCUUCGGAUAUUUUUAAGCAAAAAAGUGAUCUUUUUUACUUUUAUCAUAUAUUCAAGGGGAAAAACCGAUAAUUCUGACCAAAAUGAAAAACAAUGUUGUCAGAUGUCGUAAUCUCAUUCUCAUCAUUGCUAUUUUGUGUAUUUCCCCCUUCGAAUCCGUUCUCAAUUCUCUCCAUUUCUCUUUGAGAAAUAUUGUUCAGUUCGAGUUCCAGCCACACGCUCAUCAUCACAAUUCACAACCCCUGAAAUGGGCAAAAACGUCGACUAUUUGAGCACUAAAAAGGAUUCGAUUUCUGUCAUCGAGAAUGGAGAUGGAGCCACUCUGUUUUUCUUCUUUUUCGCUUGGCACAACACCAUUUUACAUCACCAUCACGUUUCCAUAUUCCAAAAUGCCCAUCGCGCAAUCAUGUGUUGUGGGUUCUUGUCACGGCGAUCGACGGUUGGAAAUCCGCCAUAGCCGAUGGUGCAGAUAGCAGGAAUUAGACCAAGAAGGAGGAGUCAACGAAGGAGGAGGAGAGAGGGAGAGAUGCCAGGUGGGCAGAUUCAGCGCCAGCCAUAGUUGGCAAUUGUCCAUUGAAUUUCCCCAUUUAGCGUGUAGUACUACUACUAAGCUAGUACCGCAUUUUUUACACUGUCCGUUGAGUUUUGGCUACUCUGUACUGCUAAACAACUUUUGCAGUACAACGUUGAUGGUCACUGAUCUGCUUUUCUGGGUUGUGGCCGCUUAAUGCUUUGCUUUGGUGGGUUGGUUGGAAAUCGACGUUUUGACAAUCUCCCCCCCUUCUUCCCUUCCACCCUAACUUUCCUUCUUUAUGUUCUCUCUCUCUCAAGAUUCCCGUUCUCUAUAAAUUCGAGAUGUCCCUGUUCCAGUUUCGAUGCCAUCCCCACACACCCUUCUGCCUGUCGGGUAUAAAUUCCCCAUCUCCAGAUUCCUUCCCUCUUUCUGUAUUCACCGCAUUGAGUUCUCAAUUCAAUGCUAUCACUGUGAGAUUUGCCUUGAAAUGCUAAACUCGGGACACCUCCAAAAGGAACUGAAUCCGCCCAAGUAUUUGCCUUCUCAGCUGCUUUCUUCCUUGUGAUAGUUGAUUAGAUUAUUAUAUCAAGUUGGCUGUUUGCAAAGUAAGGCCAAGCAUAUAGAAGACAGAAUAGCAGCAAAGAAGAAAAAUCCAAGUGGGGAGAUAAAAGAAAGCCGAGAUUCUUGAUUGUGUGUAUUAUAGGCAAAGAGAAGAAGACAGGGAACUAGCAGUCUUAUAAGCAAUGAGUCAACUGAGGGAUACGGGCAGUAACGGGGAGGAAAUGAAGGAGAUUCAAAGGCGGGAAACAGAUGAAGCGACUGAGAACAGUAUAGAUAGAGACAAUCAAGAUGAAGUUGCUGCCGCAGAAGCAGCUGGGGAGGAAGAAGAAGAAGUGAAGAGGAUUGUCCCAUGGACGAAACAGAUCACGAUGAGGGGGAUGGUGGCCAGCCUUGCAAUUGGGUUUAUCUACAGCGUGAUUGUGAUGAAGUUGAACCUCACAACUGGGUUAGUCCCAAACUUCAACGUCUCAGCAGCUCUGCUUGCGUUUGUGUUUGUGAAGUCGUGGACCAAGUUCCUGAAGAAAGCUGGGUUUGUCUCCAAACCCUUUACAAGACAGGAGAACACCUUGAUUCAAACGUGUGCUGUGGCUUGUUACAGCAUUUCUCUUGCAGGUGGGUUUGGAUCUUAUCUUUUGGGCUUGAACAGGAAGACCUAUGAGCAAGCUGGGGUUGACUCAGAGGGCAAUAAUCCGAGGAGUGUAAAGGAACCUGGUGUUGGCUGGAUGACUAGUUUCCUCUUUAUAAGCAGCUUUGUUGGGUUACUUGCUCUGGUUCCCCUAAGGAAGAUUAUGAUAAUUGACUACAAACUGACAUAUCCUAGUGGAACUGCUACUGCGGUUCUUAUCAAUGGAUUUCAUACUCCAAAGGGAGACAAGAUGGCCAAGAAGCAGGUUCAGGGGUUCUUGAGGUUCUUUUCUUUGAGCUUCAUUUGGGCUUUCUUUCAGUGGUUCUACACUGGUGCACCCAAAUCCGAUAUCCCAUGUGGUUUUGUUCAGUUUCCUACACUUGGAUUGGUUGCUUUUAAGAACACAUUUUACUUUGAUUUCAGCCCGACAUACGUUGGAGCAGGAAUGAUAUGCUCCCAUCUUGUUAAUUUGUCGUUGCUCUUUGGUGCCGUGCUUUCUUAUGGUGUAAUGUGGCCACUGAUCGGAGGACUCGAAGGCAAAUGGUUUCCUUCAAAUUUAUCAAAAAGCAGUAUGAAGGGUCUCAAUGGUUACAAGGUGUUCAUUUCUAUUGCUAUGAUACUGGGAGAUGGACUGUAUAAUUUCCUCAAGAUACUCUAUUUCACAGCUACCAACAUCGUUGCAAGUGCAAGAACAAGAAGAAAUGUCCGAACCCGUCCUGAAAAUCAGAAGCAACCUCCAACCGAUGAUCUCCGAAGAAAUGAAAUAUUUGUGAGGGAGACAAUCCCAAUUUGGGUAGCCUGCAUAGGCUAUCUUGCGUUUUCCAUCAUCUCCAUCAUAGUGAUCCCUCUCAUGUUCCCCGAACUCAAAUGGUACUACGUUGUGGUCGCCUACAUUCUAGCCCCCUCCCUCAGCUUCUGCAAUGCAUAUGGUGCAGGGUUAACAGACAUGAACAUGGGUUACAACUACGGCAAAGUAGCCCUCUUCAUCCUAGCAGCACUAUCAGGGAAAGAUAAUGGCGUUGUUGCAGGGCUCGUAGGGUGUGGGCUAAUCAAGUCAAUUGUCUCCAUCUCUUCCGAUUUAAUGCAUGAUUUCAAGACGGGGCAUCUCACUCUAACUUCCCCUCGCUCCAUGCUUCUUAGCCAAGCAAUUGGCACAGCCAUUGGCUGCGUCGUAGCUCCACUCACAUUCUUUCUAUUCUACAAGGCAUUCGAUGUUGGAAACCCUGAAGGCGAGUACAAGGCUCCCUAUGCUCUCAUCUACAGAAACAUGGCGAUUCUUGGAGUGGAAGGCUUCUCUGCCCUUCCCCAGCACUGCCUGCAGUUAUGUUAUGGGUUCUUCGCGUUUGCCAUUGCAGCCAACUUAUCAAGAGACUUGUUGCCGAAGAAAGUAGGGAAGUGGGUUCCAUUGCCCAUGGCAAUGGCUGUUCCUUUCCUUGUGGGGGCGUACUUUGCGAUUGAUAUGUGCGUGGGGAGCUUGGUUGUUUUCAUGUGGCACAAGUUGAGUAGCAGAAAGGCUAGGUUGAUGGUUCCAGCAGUCGCUUCUGGAUUGAUAUGUGGAGAUGGGUUGUGGAUUCUGCCUGCUUCAAUUCUUGCUUUGGCUAAGGUGACUCCUCCUAUUUGUAUGGGUUUCAUGUCUAGCAAAUAG